AUGGCAUUCCAACUCAAGCUGCUUCCCUUCCCGGUUCUCCUCCUCCUGUCCACCAUCUCCUUCUCCCACGCGAGCGAGCAGCCGUGCAAAUGCCCCUGCUCCGACCAGGAUCGGAGGAGCAACCACAGCUUGCACGCCGCCGCUCUCGCAUUGCAAAUGAUCGACCAAGAAUCCGGCGGGCUCGUACCGGUUGACUUCGACUUCAUCCGCCACAACCUGUCGGAUUCGGAGGCGAACAGUAUCCCAGGGUUCACCAUCAUCGAUGGAGUAGAGCUCUGGCAAUUGCGCCCCGACGGAGUGGGGGUCGACGAGGCAUCGUUCAACGUCACAAUCGGGUACCAUCCGCUGUCGAACCAGCAGGAGAGGCAGAAUGAGGCGUAUGGUGGCCCCACCUUCUUCAUCCUUCCCGACGAGGGCACACUGGAUCUUGGUGUGGCUCCGUACGGAGCAAACAGCUCGCUGGCGAAGCUACUGGUGGAAAACGGUUCCGCCAACUCGAUCACCAACCGUACAACCCGGGCCGCCAUCGUCUCCGGCAGCAGCUCUGUCUAUGUCGGGACCGGUGUGCUGGCUAACCGCUCAUUGACGGGGUUCACUGAUCCCAUCAUGGUUGUUGCUAUGAACAUCCAUGAAAUGCCGGCUUUCAGCCCCAACUACACCAUGUGGAUCGACUAUGAUCGUGCAGGGCGACGGUUGUCGGUGUACGUUGAUUUGCAGGGCAAGCCCAAGCCUGAAAACACCAUAGCCGAAGUUCAUCUAAAUAUCAGCAGCAUCCUCUCCUCACGUGUCUAUUUCAGCUUCGUGACAAUGAUUGGUCAGCUGCUCCCGGGAGGCGGCCUCAACUAUAUCGCAACGAUUGAGGACCUCCCUCGCUACGACCCCGACCCCGACGAAGGCCGCUUUUUGUCAAGGAAGGUGACAAUACUGUCUUCGGUCAUCGGGUCCAUAGCCGUCACCGCCGUCCUGGCCACCGCCGUGGCAUGCUACUUCAACUCGAGGUACCGGCGGUGGCAUAGAGACCUGGACCAGCUCGCCAAGUCCAUGGAGCGCCUUCCCGGGGUGCCCACGAAGGUGGAAUUCGCUGACAUCAAGAAGGCCACCAGCAACUUCCACGAGGCCAUGAAGCUCGGGGGAGGCGGCUUCGGAACCGUGUACAGGUGCACCCUGCCCGCCGCCGCUUCCAAGACGGAGCGACCCAUGGAUGUGGCAGUCAAGAGGUUCACGCGCGACGUGCAGAACCGCUGCUACGACGACUUCAUCGCCGAGGUCAGCAAUAUCAACAGGCUGCGCCAUAAGAACAUCGUCCCCCUCGUCGGGAAACCUAAAUCCUUGAAUCACGCGGUGGCGGCGCUUCGGCAUCAUUCCCUUGUUGAAGGUGCUGCCUUGAAGUACCCGGCUCAUCGUACACGACUUCGUCUCUCCGAGGUGGUCAUACAACAAAGGAGAGCCCCUGUUGGUGUUCGAGUUCAUGACCAACGGCAGUUUAGACCAACAUCUCUUCCCCAAAGAGGGCAGCGGCAGCGGCAAUCACUAGUAGAAAACAGGGCUUAG